UACGCCCAAAGAAAGAAAGUAUUCCUGCUUCGAAGGAAAAAGUAUUACGCACACCAAACAUGAUUCUAUCUCUUUAACUUUGUGUACAUCUAAGAUAAAAUGUGAUACUUCCUUGGCCGGAUAUCUUUUUCUAGAAGCUAUGAAGCCGUUGUUUCAAAGAGUAUUCGUUUUUCUGUUCAUGGUGUGUCUAUUCACUCCAACAGAAUCGCGUGGGGACUGGACCCCAGAGUUUCUAUCGCAGACCAUGAGAAAGAGAUGCAUUCUGGGAAAAAUCGAGCGUGACGUCACAUUUCUUCAUGGGACUGAUUCAGGGGAUUUUCAGAAGUUAGGGAAAGUGGCUGACAUGGAAGUGUGUGUACUGUUGUGUUGUGAGAUGGAUAAUUGUGAGGCAGCAUUCAUGGCGGACAGGAACUGCUACGCUGUGAAAUGUCAUAGUCAAGAGCACUGUGUUACUGCGCCUGCGCAGAAAAAUAAAUGGCAUCCGUCGGUAGUUUUUGUGAAAAAGAUUAGCCAAUCAAACAAAGAUAAAGCAACUCAGACUGCACAUGCGUUAAGUAAACAAAAUGGACCAGCCAAAGAACAUGCUCCAAAGGAGAUGUCUGCUGAACAUAAAGAUUUCAAAUUUCAAGUUGGCCAAUCAAAGGUUGGUAAAGAAAGCCAAACUGCGCAAGCGCAAAACAACCUAAGUGGGACAUCAAAAGAACAAACCAAAAAGAAGACUUCCGCUGUCCAAAAAAAUAUCAAUUUUUAUGUCGAUCAAUCGAAGGUAAAGGAAAGUCAUACUGCGCAAGCGCAGGAUAAACAAAGUAAAACAUCUAAAGUACAUGUUCAAAAGGAGAAGCCCGCUGCACAAAAUAAUAUCAAGAAUUCUCAAAUCCCUGAAAGCAGUGAUGACGUAGAGUCGAAUGGGAUUAUGAACAGUAUGAACAUUCCUGUCAAUGGCAAACCGUCAGUAGUAAGACUAGAUGAAGAAGAAACAAAAACAAAAACAAUUCCUCUCGAUAAACGAAAGAUGGAAAAACGUGAUGAAAUGUUCAAGAAGUCGAAGAACAGUUUAAUAACUGCGGCGGUCCUGACGUGUUCAAUGGCGGUGGUGUUGAGCGGUAUCGCUGUCAUCGCCGCGAGAAUACGAAAAAAGCAAGAAUCACAUCAAGACUCUCAAUACUCUGAAGUACCGACAGCCGAAAAAUGAACGAUAAACUAGAGUUUGAAAAAUAAAAAUAGCUUUAUAAAUCAGUAAAGAAAUGGAAAUACAAAAUAGGAGGAAAGAUAUUUUAAGGCUAGUUAUUGAUGGUUUUCACG